AUGAUUCGCAAACAAGCGCGCCAAAGGCGCGACUACCUAUACCGACGAGCUCUUCUCCUACGAGAUGCCGAGAUCAGCGAGAAACGGGCCAAGCUGAGAUCUUCUCUUGCUUCUGGCAAGCCUCUUGACUCAACGAUUGCGAAUGACAAGACCUUGCGCAAGGACUACCAGUACGAUGAAUCUCGACCCGACCUCACCACCAACGAACAACUCGACCUCGACGACGAGUAUGCUCAACUUUCUGGAAUUGUCGACCCGCGUGUCCUUGUGACAACUUCUCGAGAUCCCUCAGCUCGAUUGGCGGCUUUCGCCAAGGAGAUCAGACUUCUUCUUCCCACUGCUGUUCGCCUGAAUCGUGGAAAUCUCAUCUUGCCCGACCUAGUACAUUCUGCCCAGUCAGCGGGCCUUUCCGACGUCGUCCUUCUCCACGAGCAUCGAGGUACUCCGACAGCACUGACCCUGUCGCAUCUCCCCCACGGUCCCACCGUUUCUUUCUCUCUACAUAAUGUUGUGCUCCGUCACGAUAUUCCUGGAAGCGUCCGAGGAACUGUGAGCGAGUCGUAUCCCCACCUCAUUUUCGACGGCUUUACCAGUCGCUUGGGUGAGCGGGUGGUGAAGGUCUUGAAGCACGUUUUCCCUCCUCGCGAAGCUAUUACAGCCAAGAACAAGGUCGGCAACCGAGUGGUAACAUUCAAGAACAUCGAGGAUAGCAUUGAGGUCAGGCACCAUGUUUUUGUCAGGACCGGAUAUGACAGCGUCGAGUUGGCCGAGGUUGGACCACGGAUGACAAUGAGGGUCUUCGAGAUCCGCAAUGGCACUCUCGAGAACAAGGAAGGCGAUGUCGAAUGGCAUCUCACGCAGUACACACGAACCGCCAAGAAGAAGAACUAUCUGUGA